CGCGUCCGCACGAGUCCGCCGCCUGGGGGGAUUCGUAGGCCUGCGCCUGUCUCUUAUACACAUCUAGAUGUGUAUAAGAGACAGGAGUUUCAGAGCUGCCUUUACCUGUCUAUCGCCCAGACAGGAUAGCCAAGCAAAAUGCAAAGACCGAGCCGGGCGCUCCAAGCAGCAAACCUCUCGCUCUCGCACUCGCACCGUGGGUGAUCAUGAUUCCUCACCGACGCGUGACCGAGAGAGAGACGCUAUGGAGGACAAGCCUGUCAUUGGCAUCGAUCUGGGCACGUCCUACUGCUGUGUUGCAGUGUUUCGCAACAUUGACAGCAUCGAGAUAGUUCCAAAUGACCUGGGCGAGAGGAUAACGCCAUCCUACGUGGCCUUCACUGACGAAGACGAGCAUGUGGUUGGGACCGCUGCGAAGAGAGACGGCAUGAAGCAUCCCGAGCAGUGCAUCUACGAGGUCAAGCGGCUGAUGGGGAGGUCAUUCGGCGAUGCCAGCGUCCAGCAGGAUGCCAAGAGAUGGCCUUUCCAGGUGUCGUCCGGUCCACGUGGCGAAGCUGUUCUGAAAGUUCCCGGGGCACGGGGCAGGCAAAGCUCUUUCAGACCUGAAGAAAUUUCGGCCUUGCUGCUGAAGAAGAUGAAGGAGAUCGCUGAGGACUACACCAAUUGCCGUCCUAUUACGGAUGCAGUCAUCACCGUACCUGCGUACUUCGAUCACAGGCAGAGGAAGGCCACUAUGGCCGCCGGGGUUAGCGCAGGAUUAAACGUGUUGCGAUUGAUGAGCGAACCGACCGCAGCGGCGCUGGCGUACGGCCAUAAGGAGUUGGUAGGGAGGAAGCCUGUGGGGAAGAAGCUGCUGGUGUUCGACCUGGGUGGGGGAACCUUCGACGUGUCCAUUGUCACUGUUAAGGAUGGGCCAGAUGAGCACUGCAGCUUCGUAGUGAAUGCGGUGGCGGGAGACUCUCAUCUGGGUGGCACAGACAUAGACGAACGCCUGCUUCAGCUUGUGGCAGAGCGUUUCAAGAAGGAUCAGCUUGACGGAGAGGAUUUGCUGGGAAAUCCAAGGGUUCUCCCGAAGCUAAAGCAGGCCGUUGUGGACGCUAAGCACAUUCUGUCCAAUAAGAAGGAGACAGACAUCGACUUGGAUUACCGUGACCGUCUCCUCAGCGUGAAAUUGGGUCGUGCAGAGUUCGAGGCACUCAACGAAGACAUCUUUGGCAGGUGCAUGACAAUCGUCGAACAAGCCCUUCUUGAUGCCAAGAUGAGCAAGGAUGAGAUCUCUGACGUGGUUCUCGCGGGUGGAUCGACGAGGAUCCCCAAGGUGCAAGAGAUGCUGACCGCAUUUUUUGGCAGGCCGCCCGUCAAGUCCGUAAACGCUGAUGAGGCUGUGGCGUUUGGAUCUGCAGUACAAGCGGGCUUGCUGUCCAGAAGCGACAAGUGCGCAGAGGCAAGCAUAUCCGUACGCGAUGUGACAGCCGUGAGUAUCGGAAUGGGCGCAGCUUUGGGCACAAUGCAUGUCCUUAUCCCAAGAAACUCGCCCCUCCCGGCCACUGCAAGGAGUCUGCGCUGUUUCUAUCGUGCCAAACUGACAGUUGAGAAUGUCGGAUUGUUUGAGGGCGAACGUGCUCUGUGUGCAUAUAACAGGUUGCUUGGGGAACUGAGGAUGGAUGGUUUAAUAGAGGGUGUGUGGGGCCGUUCAGUAGUCGAGAUUAAAGUAGAUGCUCAUGGGAUUCUCCACGCGACACUGGAGGCGAUAUCAGGGCACAAGGAGAUCGGAAAAAAGGUUGAGACCAUUGUUACACUCGAUGCGGAUGUUGUGCAGUCUUCGGGUGGCGGGAUGGACGCACCGGAUUGGUACACACCAGCAGCAAAAGCAGAGGAUGCCAGGAUUUGGGCUGCAAAAGAUUCAGGGGACAGACUGGGGUUGCUAAUGGGAGCGUUGCUAGAGCGCCAGUCCUCCAACAAGCUCCCCGUUGAGUUGGAGAAGCAUUUGGGAGAGGCCUUGGCAUGGUGGCAUGGGCGGCAGGAACUUGCAUCGAAGGAGGAGUACGAUCAAAGACAUGCUGAGCUGGAUCGGCUUGCCAGAACUUACGGAUGUGUAGUGGAAAAGCCUACAGCACGAUCUCUGGUGGGAGCUCAUUUCAAAGGGUAGUAAAAAGGAGGUUCACAUUCAUAAUAAUAAUACAUCUUGGUGUGCUUGAAUCCGAAGUAGUGUUACUUUUUUUUUUUUGUUUUCCCCUUCAAUCGUUUAAAAUGUAGUACAGUACUAUGAAUGCCGGAAGGCGCCUACUGGGAGAGCCAGGACUAACUUCACUGCCCACAGGUAUCUGGGUCCAAGUAGAGGGCCUCACCACACCACUGUCGAAAACGCGAUAUUCUAUAGUUCCGCUACAGAAGCACCCGCAAAUUUGUAAGCGCGAUUUUCUAGAGUUCCUCUACAGAAGCACUCGCGAUUUUCUAGAGUUCCACUUCUGUUGAAAAAAAAGCAUCGCUCCACUUACUCCAGACUCAAGAACUACAGAAGCACUCACGAAUUUCUAAGCGCAACAUGACAGCCCUUCUACGGCGCUAGAUGACAGCACCAGCUCGUUCUGAUAGUCGGGGCAGGAGGAACACUCGCGACAAAAGAGGCCGUAGCGGUGUAGGAGGGAGGACGCUAGAAAACCUGAGCAUUGCAGGAGGCUGUGAACUCCAUACAAAUCAAGAGUGCCCUUCCAG